UGUCCACCAACUACGACGUUAAGCAAAAGAAGAAAUCUUUGAGAAAAACUCCUUUUUUCUAAAAAAAAAUAUAAUUGUAAAUUGUGAUUUUCUCCAUUGAAUUGAUGAAUUUUUAAAGUUUUCCCCAUCAAAAGGGAAGCAGGGUGGUGCACAAUGGAUGUAAUGUAUGUUAAAAAAUGAAGAUUUGUGCUCUCUGUGGACAAUUUUCACCAGUCCCUGCCCGGAUUUGAGUUUUCAGUGAUUGUGUAUUGUUAUGGAAAAAUUACCCUGAAAAUUGGAUAUACGGGACAUAUUGGUCAGGGAAAGUUUUAUUAAAGUGUUCCAGAGGUAUCAGCGAUGAUAUAUUGAUACAUUUUUCCGCCGUGCAUACAAUGGUUCAUCGUGUUUUGGGUAAAGAUGACACUCUUCCAAGUUCAUCUGCCACACGAUCACCGUCAACUCCACGGAAACCGCGAGGUAGAGCGAAAAAGAAAGAGAGCAGCGCCGUGACAAAAACUACAGCAAGUGGCAUAGGCCGAAGCAGCAAAAAUGUGACGACAGUUGUUAAAGAUGAUAACUGUGAUGGUGGUAGUGAAGAUUCCGGGAAGACAGCAAAAUCACGUGGACGUAGUGGAAAAGGAUGUGUUCAAGGAUUGCUCGAAGAGUCAUCUGUGAAAUGUGUGCCAUCGGUAGUGGUGGAGAAGGUGAAGCAAAAAGUGUCUCCAGGUGCAAAAGACAAUGCAGAUGAAGUUGAGGAGGAUGAAGUGGAAAGUAGUGAAGAUGAGAGUGAAUCAAGUGAAGAAGAUGAAUCAGAUGGCGAUACAGAUGACAAUGUAUCAAUAUCAAAUUUAAUGAGGAAGCAGAAAUGUGAUUUAGAUAAUUCUACAUCAAGUGGAGUUGGUAAGCAGUUGCAUAUUCGCUGCAGUUUGCCACUCCAUCGACUUUCCGAUGGUGUUGUGGAGACGCUAACAAAUGGUGGCAAGAGCAUCAAAGGAACCGAUGAGACAACACCUACUGGGGGUAAUAGAUUUCUAUGCCUCUACUGUGAUCGUUCCUUUGCUACCCGCGAAAUUCGCACUAAGCAUGCAGAGAGACUGCACAAAUCAGCUGCAGGACGUCGAGCAAGUGUGCGCAACGUAACGUCUGCAACACCAACGGACUUUGCUGGGUGUACGUUCUGCAAUAAAGCUAAAACAUUUUCAAGCUUUGCCACGGAUCUCACUAUACUCUUCCAUCAUUUAAUUGAAAAGCAUGGAGAUCGGUAUUUCGGAUGUCGCGAAUGCAACAUCAGAUUACCAACGAUAGAAGCCCUUCAGAAACACCGAGAAAGUGUUCACAACAUUCUUCCGAAAGGUGUCCGUAAGACACCAGUAUUUGAAGACAUUGACUUCGAAGACAGUAUUUUGGCUAAUUCCAUUUCCAAACUAACAACGCCGAAAACAGCGGUGGCCAAGAGUGAGAAUGGCAAUCAUCCAGGAAGAAAAAUGAUUACACGCCUAUCGAAGUUAAAUAAGAAGCAUCAGCUACUUCGAAAUGAAGAACCAAUGCUAUCACGUCUUGGUGUGGCUCAGAAUCGAUCACCCCGUACACGUAAAGGCAGCAAAGGACGCACCCAGGUGGAGUCUCGAGGUGUAUCAGACACAGGCAGCAGCAGCUGUGGCCGAGCUAGUCGACUGCGAAGUACUCGGGCAACCGUAGGAAAUGGUAGUUCUAUUGGAUUGAAUGAUAGUGGAGAAUUUAGUGGAAGUUCAAGUGUAAAGUCAUCGAGUGGAAAGGAAAUUCUCAGUAGCAAUUUCGAUGAUGACUUCUAUGAAACUGUAAGUGUUAAUGUAAGGAAAAAUCUAAGUUGCUAUUUGGAUGGUAAAAUUGGGAGUGAUCCUGAAACACCAAGUGUUCAUACACGAUUCACUGAAGCCGUUCCUGCUGUUCCAAGUACGGUUGUAAGGAGCUCAUACAUGACUGACAAUGAGAUUCACGAAGCAACCUCCCUCAGUGCUAUCACGGCCUUUCCCACCCUCCUUACAAACGAACAGUAUGGUACCGAAUGUGUGUCACCUAAUAAGAAUAAACGCACCAUUACGAAGAAUUCAUGGAAGUGGAAAUGGGACUUUGUGAAAAAGUACAAGUAUGUCAAUGAAGGUGGGAAAAUUGUUAAAAAGGUAAAGCAGCAAACAUCGGGUCUAAGAGAUUUAUCCAAAUUGGAUAUGUGGACACAACUUACAAUGCGCACAAAACACGAAGUUGUGCAAAGGAGUAAGGAUAAUGAAAAUAAUCAACGGAUAGUUGGUACUGAUGCAGCGCGGGAAGAAAAGAGAAAAGUCAUUGAACAACUAAAUACCAUUCUCGACACAAGACUACUUCCGCAAAUUGUACUGGAGCAAAAUGACCAAAGACUGAUCAAGGCAGAGCCAGUGGAAUGCAUUGAUGACACAGCAGAUACCUCUGGUUCACCCAUAAAAUCACCUGAGGGUGAAGGAGCAACGGAAGAAGACACAUUUGCUACAACACUGAAUCUCCGAAGAAGUAGCGGUGAGAAGCAUUGCAAGGCACGUGACGUGAUUCUGAGCGGAGAAUGGGCAAGACCACGAUGUUAUGUAUGUUUUGGAUGUGGUGCCAAGUUUGGAACAAUCAAAGCACUCGAGGAGCACAAAGCCACCCGACACCCUCACGUGUACUCUACACAUUAUGAAAUUGUUGGUCGUGAACUCAUCGAAGGAGAACUUUACAAGCACUUCUUCAUUCCCACCAAGGCCUUACGACGUAAAACGGAAUUUGUGCGUCAGGUGAGCAGCGAUGAUAGUGGUACUGUUGAAGAUUCCAUGGACAGUUCAACAUCCUGCACGAUAUCAACCAAAUGUGAUAGCUUCGACACAGACUCUAAUUCACGAAUGUCCAACAAAUCUCAAGAAGUGACUGUUUGUACGAAAUGCAAGAAAGAAUGCACUGGAAUGAUGGAUCUCUAUCGGCACAUGCUCGAUUGCGUUGGUGACUAUGCGUGGCUGAUUGCGAAGAGACGGUUGCGACAUCGAUACUAUGGAAAUCGCUCGAGACGUCGACGGGCGAAACUCCUUAGAUUUGGAUGCCUAAGGUCUCCCAAACCGCCCAAAACACCUGAAAACCGUGCCAUUACUACACCAAGAAAACAAUCCCCACAGACACCAAGAACUCGUCCCAGUGACGCGGAUUCAAUUCAACGUAUGUUGGCCAAUCUACCAGCAAAACGUUCAUCACGAAGUGUUCAUCCUGCCAAACCAAUACCAAUGCGACGAAGGAAAUUAAUAGCAACUGCUACAACAAAUAAGUUCACAAAGCGUAACACCAGAACGUCAAUUUUGGCAGCAAAGUCCACUGGAUUGAUUUUGAGAUCCAAGAACAAAUCCGAGGGCAAUAAGCAAAUUUCGAUGCAUCUGCAGCAAGCUGAAAGGAUAACAAGAAGUGGAAAAGCUCCAUCCAAUGUACGGAAAAUCGUCAAAUCAAAGCGGGUAACACGUUCUUCCGAAUCACCAAAUACCAAUCACACAGAAGGUGAUGGAGUAACAACGCGUAAUAAAACAAAACUUCAAACGACACCAAUUAAGAAAAAUACAAAAGGAAUUAUACAAAAAGUCGCUAAGAAAUUUCCUAAAACACCGGAAGUUUCAACGAAGAAACCCACAAAAGACACAUCAAAUCCGACGAAUGAAGUCAAAUCAUCCAAAGAAACAUCAGGAUCGUCGGUGUCAAAGAAAAACUCAAAGGACACUGAAAAUCACGAGAAUGUUCAAAAGAAUGGAAAAUCAAAGAAAGUAAAAGCAGUUCAAAAGGCUGAUAUUCCCAAGAAAAUAACGAUUCCAGAUGAAAAGGAGAAGCCUUUUUUAGAAGAACAGAAAGCGAGCGACCAAGAAGAUCUUGUCGAGAUAAAAGAGAUAAUGGAUUCCAUUAUAGAUCUUGCUUCUGCUGCAGUGGAUACUGAGCAAAAGGAGAAAGAAAAAUUGUUGAGUGCAUUACCAUCCACACCCACAAUAUCAAUUGAAACAAAAUCAUUUGAAACGCCUGUUGGUCAGAAAAUUGAGGAUACACCCCCAUUAACAUCACCAACAAGUGCAACGCCAGGAAAAAGGCGAACUCGAAGGCUUACAGAUUGCAUCGCUCGUCUUACAGAUAAACUACAAGAAAAGUUAGGUAUUCCAUUUUUAGAUAAUUCAGCAACAAAUAUUCUCACAAAAGCACAGACAGAAACUGAGAAAAAUACCAAUCCCACGACAGAAGUGCCAGUUACACAACAAAAAGAACAACCUUUGAAUGACGAAAAAUCCAAAAUUGAGAAUCCCGUGUCAACUAAAGAUCAAAUUCAACCUCCUAAUCUGAAUAGUCUCAUCGCUGUGGAAAAAUCUUCAGCAACAUCAGAUAUUCAACCGAUACCCAUGAUAAAAAGUAUACCAAAUCCGCCAAAAGACGUGAAUGUGGCUAAAACUAUUCCGCCGCAAGUAAAAAUUCCAGAAAUAGAGAAAUCAUCAGAUGCAAUUACAGUGCGUCUGGUUGAAGAAAUUCCUGAUGCUCCAUUGAAUUUGACAAUGAGAAAAUCUAUAACGUCUAACCAAGAUGAGACACAACCAAUUUGCCUAGUGAAGCAUCCACCCAUCCUGAAAAUUCCUGUAGUGCCAUCACACCUUGGAAGUCGUCUUCAUCCAAACGAAAUUGAUUGCAAUGUUGUGAUGGAUUUGAGUGCGAAAUCAGCAAGAACACACUCUCCGAGUACAUCAAGAAAUGUUGAAAAUGUAAAUUACCCACGUGCAGCUGAAAUUCACAUGAAACCACAGAGUUUAGAUAUCUCACCUCAAAACCGAAGCGCUGAACUCUUCAAUCAUCCACGAGGUGUUACGAUGUUAAGCUCCCCUCAAAGUAGUGAACUAUUAAAUCAAAUGAGAUGCAAUGAGCUUCUAAGCCAGCAUCGUAACACUGAAAUUCUGAAGCAACCACGACCAGACUUAAUUAUCAAGCGUGUCAGUCCCGUCAUUCAAAUUCCCCAAGUACCCGUGAAGAGUGCAAAACCCAAACAAACAAGAAAACCACGAGCAAAGGCGCCAAAAGUUACCAAAGCUCCCAAGAAGGAUCCAUGUAAGGAAAUUAAAUUAGGUGGGGACUUUGUGCAAGAAAGCAACAAAAGUGAUAAUAACAAUGUUGAAAAUAUACCCCAUUCUGUUCACAUGGGAGAGUAUUCAGCACAAAAAGUGCAAAUCACACCUGUAAUACCAAUUGUGGCAAAAAGUAAAGAUUCCAUAACUCCACCAGAAAUUGUGAGUAAAUCUACUCCAGAAAGCACAUCCUCGGUCACAGAGAAUAAGAAGUUAGCAGAAAAGACACCAGCUACUGACAAAGUGGCUGAGAAAGAAGUUGUUCAUGCGGAAAAAUCCAAUAAUGAAGGAGACGAACAAAGUUCUAAUACGGAAGAAAAGUCAGGAGAUGGGGUGGGAAAAAAUAUCGAAACAGGAAAAGUGACACAGAAAAUCGUAGAAGGUACUUCAUUGACAUCAAAAGAUGACAAAAUAAUAGAACAAAAACCACAAACAAAGACAAAACCUCAAAAAGUAGUGAAAGCGCAAAAAUUAACAAAAUCUGAAGAAGCUGAAAGCGAAGUUUCGAGUAAAAAUGAAACUAUUGAAAGUAGUAAAGGGAACAAUGAACCAACAAAUACGCAACCUGAAAAAAUUACAAAAGGUAAAAAAUCUGGGAAAUUAACAAAAACUGAUAUGAUCGUAAAAACACCAGAAUCAACUGACAUUAAUAUUUCAACAAAACCUAAACCUAAAGGAAAAAUAACUAAAGAUUUGAAUGUCAAUAACACAAAGACACCGACAAAAUCUACAAAGAAAGGGAAAACAGAAGCAGCUAAUAAUGAAAUCCAUACUGAUGAUGUUAAUGAGAAAAGAAGUAGACUUGAAAUUGUGGUUGAAGAUAUCCUUAAGAGUCCUUCUCUUACAAAGAAAACUUCAAUGUCUAAGAAAACCAGUCAAGACAGUACAACAGUGUCGAAACCUACGGAGAGUGCCAAUACAUCUGAAGCUGUCACUGCUGUUAUUGAGGACACUAAGAAUACUGCAAAAGAUAAAAAGCAAAAGAAGAAAGGAAAAGUCUCAGACGUUUCAAAUGAUCCAGAAGCACCUAUGGAUAUACCAACAGAGAUUCCGAUUAAGAAAACUCCAGAAGCUGAUGUUAAACCUUUGUCUCCUAAGCCUGCACCGUCGAAAAAAGUUCAGAGUUCUAAAAAGAAAGGAAAAGCUGCGAAUUUCGUAAAAAAUAAAAAUUCAUCAAUAAUAGACACAUCAGAGGUUUCUAAGUCAGAAGAAAUAGAACCCAAUCUGGAGCGUAAGGAAGCAACUUCAGAAGCUGAAAAUGCAUUGGAAGGCACUACAACUUCAAAACAAAUCGAAAAACCCAAGAAGGUGGAAAAUCCCGAACAAGCCACAAAAAUUCAGCCUAUCAAGAAAAGUGUACAAACCAAAAAGAAAGGAAAAUCGGCAAAUGAGAAAAUUUUAGAAACAGCUAAUGAUAAAGUAAUCGAAGACAUUGAGAACAUUGAAAACAUUAAGAAAACAAAGGCUGAUAAAUCUGUAGCUGAUGAUCAUGAAAAACUCAAAGAAUCUCAAUUGACUAAUGCCAAACUUAAGAAGGAUGAAAGGAAAUCAAGUUCAGUUAAAGAAAGUAAAAGCGCGGAAAUACCUGAAAACUUACUGGAGACUAAGAAAAAAGGAAAAACCGUGCCGAAGAAAACAGCAAAAGGAAAGAAUAAAUUACAAGUUGCCGAAGAUCAAGAAGUUGAAUCGGAAAAAUUAGCAGAACCUUUAGAGAACAAUAAAGCAGCUAAAACGAAGAAAACUGUCUCUAAAACCGAUGAAAGCGAUAAUUCUGCAGAUAAUCAAACAAUUGAAACUGAGGACGUGGUUACAUCCGAAAUUCUUGCGCCUUUAGACAAGAAAACAAAGGAAAAAAUCACUACAAAAACACUAGAAGAUGAUCAAGAGACAAAAACAUUAAAAGAAAAAGGUAAAUUAACCACUGAAAAUAAACAGUCUGAAUUAAAUAAAAAAUCCGAAAACAUUGAUGGAGAAAAAUCAUCAACUCCUGUUGAUAAAGCCAAAACAGUUCAAAAACCAAGAAAAAAGAGAAAGAAUGAACUCGCGGCUAUAAUUGCUGAUCAAUUACUUGAAAGUUUUAAGGAGGUUGAUAAAUCCAGAAUUGAUGAGUUAAAAAUUCUUCAUGACCUCUCGUGUGAAGCCAAUGCCAACAAUGAUGAACUUCUUGUAUCUAAUGCUAUAGAGAUGGUUACAACAACUAAAAGGAAAGCAGCAAUUAAACAAACAAAUCAGGACACCCUCUCAAGUGCACCAGCAAAGAAAAAAGCUAAAGAAGUACAAUCUGACGUCACUACACCAAAAAUAAGCGAAAAUGAACUAAAGUCUCAAUAUGAAACUCCUGUUGAGGCUGAAAGUAAAAAAAUAGUUGACGUGCCUGUAAAACCCAAAAAGUCAUCUCGUGCUGAAAAUAGUGAGUCAACUAAAAGUAAAUCUAUUUCAAAAGAGAAGAAAGAUUUAGUCAUCAGCAAUUUACUAAGAAAACUAGAAGAUAAAGGCGAUGAAAGUUCUGAAGGUGAUUCUUCGCGUCUUUCAUCUUCUACAUCGAGAAGCUCAUCAAGUCGAAAGAAGAAGGACAUUGCAGUAAACAAAAAUAAAUCAACACCGAAAGAGCAGUCAGAUAAGAUUGAUGAUGUCCAAAUUGAGAGUGAAAAAGAAGCAGAAAAGAUAUCCUUAGAGGAAGUAAACAAUCGUAUGGCUGAUUCCGUGAACCUUCUGGCAGCUAUGGAUAUGAACACAAAGAAAAAUGUUGAAUCAACUAGAGGUGAGAAUGAAAAGAUAACUAAACCUCUUGAUUGGAUUAGUCGAGCUGUUUCUAUGCCGAAAAAUGUAUCUGAAGUGGACAUCAAGAAAACUUCAUCAUCUGCAGCAAAACCAAAAUUCAUACUCAAACCAUCUAGACUGCAAGCGCUAACGUCUUCAGUACCUGAUCCUUUUGAUCAAUUAAAAGGCACAGCGAUAGAUUCGGAAAAAUCAUCGACUGAACUAAAAAGUCCCCCAUUGGUGGAAAAUGAGAAGAAAAAUGGGGAACAUUCAGAAACUGUAGCUAAACUUGUUGAUAAAAUUAGAGAAUCAAACAGUCAAUCGGAUUCUGAUGACGAUACUUGCUUGGCUGAGAUUGCAAAGAGUCUCAACAAUCGCAUUCUCACUACUGAUGAAUUUACAAACGUCGCUGAUACACUUCCAAUUGCUGAAACUCCCUGUGAGAGUCCAAAUGCCAUGAUUGCAUCAGCAACACAAAAUACAUCAAUUGAAGAAGCCAAUGCUGAACAGCUUGAUAUGGAUGCGGAAGAUGGGAUGAGUGUGCUUACGAGUGUAUCAAUGGAUUCAGGAAUUACUACAGGUCCAGGGAAGACUAGAUCCCAAAAGCAGUCUACGUUGGCUAAAAAGAGAAAAGUUCGUAGAUCUGUACUGUACAAAUCCAAGAAACCCAAAGCCACCAAAACCACGGCAGAUGGUGAACCUGUAACUUAUUUCUGUGAUAUUUGCAAAAAACAUUUCUCACGGCAGGAUCGUCUUACAAAGCACAAAAUGACAAUUACGCAUAUUGCUAAGCUAUCAGAGCAAGAAUUCCUCGAUUCUCAAAAAAAUCGAAUGGUUGAGGAAAAGGAAAAUGAAUCCCAAAAUGUGGAUGUAACUAAAACACCCGUUGCUGAGGAAAAGAAAGAUGUGGAAGUGAGUGAAAAACCUACAGAAAUUGAGGAGCCCAAAAUGGUGCUAAAAAGUCCCAUUCAGACAGGAGUUGAACCAAUUUCAUCUCCAGAACAAGCUCAGGUUCCAUCAUCAACUGAUCAAUACCCAUCACCUGCGCGAUCUCUCAAUCCUGGGACACCACGACUAAAUUUGAGUCAAGAGGAAAAAUUGUUCUAUGAAUGCUGCAACAUGCUUAAAGGUUCAAAUAGAAUUGGAGCUGAAUCGGAGAAUAAAUCCCUCACACCCAAGUCCAAUGAACAGCCAACAAAUUGCUUCGGUGGAAGUCACAAUGCUGUUUAUUGUGUUAAAUCUCCAAUGUCGCAUCGCAGAAGUAGCCCAAAACAUGCUUAUCCGAAGAUUGACAUCAAUCAAUUUAGUGAUAUUUCAUCUGAUUCAAAUCCAAUGUUUUCACGACCCAACAAAUUAUCUCAACCUAAAGGGAUUUUUGAAGAUACAACCACAGUGAACAAUCAACUGUCUGGUUUCCUGGCAACAGCAGAAAAGUUUCUCAAUGGGGCUGCAUCAACAUCCAAUUCCAUGUACUACAGCGACAAAGUCAUUGAUAGUACUCCACCUGUUAGUGGGACAAAUCCAAAAGAUUCUAGCCAUACUGGAAGAUCCUAUUCAGAUUCAUUCUCCGACAUGGGAGACAGUUACCCAUCCUCCCAGGAUGCUAGUGAAAGUGAAAACUACGCUCAAACUAUUCUCGAUCGUUCAGGAAGCAAUAAAGCCGCUGAGAGUGAUUCACCAGCCCUAAAGGAAGGAAGUGAUUCAUUUGAGCAAAGCAGGAAACACUACAGUGAUAAGCAUUUAUCUGAUAGGUCUCCAAUACACUCCACUACAUCUUCUCAGUGCUCAUCAAUUUCAAAAGUCCGCACGAAAGGAGCUAUGAAAGGAUAUGAUAACUUCAAAGUAUCAAUCCCAACAAAUGGUCUCGAUCUACAGCAAGCUCUCGAGAGGAAUCCUCAUGUAAAUUCAAAGUUAGCAGCCCUUGCGGAUAUUGCCUUGGGUACAGACAAUCCUGUUGCCAAAGAAAUUAUAAGAUCAUCCACUAAGGAUGAUCCUUCCAAACCCUCAGAGUAUCCAAUAGUUUCAGAAAAAUCUCCGGAAACAGAAGUGAGGGAUGAUACGCCAACGAAAAAUGUUAAAGUGAAGAAAGCUAAAGAAAAUGUUGGCAAUCGAUUGGGUUUCAAAUCAAAGAAAAAGUCCAUCAAUAAGGAGAGUAAAGACAAAGUGGACAAAGAAAAGGAGAAAGGAGCUGGUGUUUCAUCCAAAAAUCCCAUGGAUGUUUAUGAAUUUGAAGAAUCAAAGGAUUCCGUAGAUGCUCCUAUCUUGCCCCUAUCCAAGAGGACAUUCUUCAGGGCAAAUCUUGAUUUGAUUUCCUCCAAAAAUCCCGAAUCAAGCCAAAAACCCGCAGAUGGAGCAGCAAUAGCAAAGAAUGAUUUUAAGAAACCAGAGUUGGAGGACAAUGCAAGCCAAAUAUCCUCCACGAGUUUUUCUGAUCGAGAUGAUUUUAACUAUAAUUCCAACAUUAGCGAUGAUAGUGAUUCCGAGAGUCAUUCACCAUCUCCGAAAUUACCCACAACGCCAAGUAGUGUGAAGAAGACGAAGAAACUACCUGAUCCCGUACAGAAGAAAUCCUUAAUUAUGGGAAGAAUUUUCAAAAAUGCCCAGAAGAAUCGACCACCAACUGAAAACAAGAACUCCACGGCAGAUAGUGAAGCUCCCAAGAAACCUUUCUUGCAGAAACAAGAACUAGACAAAUUGUUUGAUAGCCUCAAGGGUGAUGGUAAAAAUGAAGCAGACAUCGAUGCAAAUCCAGAACCACAAAUGUCAUCAACAAAAUCAGAUUCUGGAGCAAAAACUGAUGCAAAGGAUGAGCAGAGAUCGUCAAAUUCAAUGGAUAUUCGACGAUCAAUGGCAAAUAGAAAAUCACGCGAAUUGGCAAUGUUUGAGGCUGAAUGGGGAAUGUCGCUGGAGCAAAUUGAAGAGAUCAUUGGGAUUGGCAAGAGAAAAUCACAGAGAAAAUGUGCAGUUGGGAAGCAGAAAAUUCUUGCGGAGACAUGGAGUUCGGAUGAAUAUGAAGAAUUCCAAUCAACUAAGGAUAUAAUUGCUCUGAUUCAGGAAAAGGAGCUCAGAUCAAGCCAACGUGCACUUCGGAAUCAACGACGUCGCGAAAGUCAAAAGAAUCAAGCACACAAAUCCCUUGAUGACACUAAAGAUGAUCAAGAUGACGAACUCGAUGCUGAGACGUGGGAUGUUCGUCGAGCAUUGGGACUUGAGUACAAAAAAGCCCGAGGGAAGAAGGCUGUACGCAUAGCAGGUGGGAGUGAUGUGGAGUCAUCGCAGAAAACACAAAAUGCACCAAAGCUUGCAAAAAUCAAGAAACGCCGACAAACUGUUGCCUACCGAGCAACAGAACCCUCACCAUCACCUGAACGAGACAUCCCAAUUAGGAAUACGGGAAAAAGGAGGGGUUCAACGAGUAUGCGUGGGACAACGUCUGAUGGUGAGUCAAGUGGAAGAAAAUCCAAAAAGGUAAAAUUUCCAGGAACGUCAAAAGAAUCAGAUAAAAGCGACUCCAAGUGGACACAAUCACGUCCAAUGGCACGUAGUAAAAGAGUAGCAUCGGAAAUGCUCUACUACUGGUCAUCGUCUAGUGACGAUGAAUUCGGGAGGAUCAAUAAUAGUCGCGAUGACGAUGAUGACCUAUCGCAGGAAGGGGAAGUCCUUCAGCAACAUGGAUGGAUUGUUGGAGAUUCCCACAAGAAGCUCGUAACUCUCUUAGCGCAUGCAAAGGGAAAGAAAACGGAGGAGUGUGGUGUAAAAGAGGCCUCAAGUGGAAAUAAUAAGAAAAAAUCCUCAUCAUAGGAUUUAUAGAGCAUGGUCUCUCCUUAAGAAACACAGUAGUGAGCAAGAGUAUUUAUUCUGGGCAUUGAAGUGUCGUAAAAAGUAUGACAAGUUUGCAAAUCUUCGUUCUAAGACUUUCUUAUUUUUUUAUACAAUUAUGUGAACAUGCUCUUUCCCAUAAAAAAAAAACUGAAUUAUCUGUUGCCCAAUUCUUCCUAAGAUUACGUCGUUUCCAUUGUUUUAAAUUUUAAGAAAUUCCUUUGCGAUACUUUCAAUGAAGCGAUUGAAUAUUAUUAUUGACUACUGUACCUUAAAUAACAGACAUUAUAUAUUUCAUACAUUAUAGAUUGAAUCUUUGAAUAAUGAUAAGUUCAAAAUUGCAGUAAUGAUACAUAAUUAGUAAUUGUAAAGAAUUUUAAUGAUUGAUAAACACUUUAUGUGUUUGACUGUCUCCUGUGUAAUACACUAUCUGUAUAGGAUGUAAUGAAUAUUAAUCAAUAUUAAUAUACAUACAUUUAUUUGUAAUUAUAUUGAGAAAACAAAAAUAUAUUAAUCGUCAUCAAUAUUACUAAACAAAAAAACUUAGAACAAGAAUUCUGAUGAAAGUAAAAUUGCAUAGAAAAUAAAAUUCUCUAUAUAGAAAUGAUAGAAUCGAUGAAAAUGGCCAUUUGUGUAAAAAUAAAAAAUACAAAAUGAUAGAAAAAACAUUAAAAAUCAUUAAUUUGUGAUAGUUUUAGAGGAAGAAGGAAUAAAAAAUAACUAAUGAAUGCAAGAAAGAGAGAAAAGUGAUUAAUAAAAAAAACGUUUAGAUAAACUGCCAUAAUCAUGAUUUUUAGAUAAACAAAAGUAACAAUGCACUGAUUUAUCAUAUUUUCAAUGAAAAAAAAAUUAUCAAUUUAUUUCCUGCCUCUUUUUUGCAAUUAAAAUAAUUUUUUGUCAUUAAUUUUAGUAAAAGAUAAUUAGGAAGAAAAAUGUAAGUGAAAAAGGUACCAAUUCAGAAACUUAUUAUUAAAAAAAAAGUAUAUAAAUAAAUAUUUUAGUAGCACUGACUACAUUAUUUAGAUAAUAAUUUUUAGCAAAAAAAAAAUGGUGUAGAAAAAGGGGAUUAACGUUUUAUGAUUGUCCUUUUUAUUUUUUGUAUGUAAAUAUAAAAUUUACCUACAUUGUAUUUUUUUCUUUUAAAAUUUAUCAAUCGCAGAGCUAAUCACACUUUAUAAAAAUUAAGUGAAAAAAAAAUUUGAAAAAAAAUGUUUAUUAGAGUUGAUCAAACACAAGUUUUUUCUGGUUGAGAAAAAAACAAUGAACAGAUUUAUUUAUUUGGUGAAUAUAAGACAAGAAAAAGAAAUAGAUUUAUUGAUAAAUAGUAUAAAAAAAUGAAAAUAUAAAUAUUUCUACCAAUUUUACCAAAAUAAAGUGUAUGUUUUGCAAUAAAUCAAAUUGUAUAAUGAAAAAAAAACACAGCAUUGUAUGAGUGAAAAAUACUGUAAGAAGUAAAAAAAAAUAAAUUUGAAAAAAUA